GGAGUCUGCGCCGCCCCCUCGGGCCUCUGGGCACAGGGUUCGGGGCUGGGCCUCGCUGCGCCACGGAGGGGAGAGGCUGUUUCCGCCGGGCUGCGCCGUUGCUGGAAAGGGGUCGGCGUUCCUGGUGGGGAGCACAGCUGGGGUUGUGUCUGCGCAAGAACGUUCAGCGUCGCGAGCCUGUUCUGCUGGGGGCCGGUUCUCUUGGGUCGAUGACUCCUUGAAGGUUUAAGUCACUUCAGUUUCUUUCUGAUUUCUGGAAGCAGCACGACCUGCCUGAAGAUGACCUGCUCCAAAGUACCUGUCAUUGAUGUCCAGAAUGAUAACUUCAAGGAGCUGUGGCCGUCCAUGCUUCUGGCCAUAAAAACCUCUAGCUUCAUCGCGGUUGACACGGAGCUAAGUGGCCUUGGAGCAAGGAAGAGCCUGCUAAAUCAAUGUAUUGAGGAGAGAUACAAAGCUGUCUGCAAUGCUGCCAGGACACGCUCCGUCCUGUCUUUAGGAGUCGCGUGUUUCAAACAGCUCCCAGACAAGUCCGAGAACACGUACCUCUCCCAGAUCUACAACCUGACCCUGCUGUGCAUGGAGGACUACGUCAUCGAGCCUCAGUCGGUUCAGUUCCUGGUGCAGCACGGCUUUGACUUCAACAAGCAGUACGCACAGGGGAUUCCCUACCACAAGGGCAACGACAAGGGCAAUGAGAACCAGAGCCAGAACGUUCGUGCUUUCUUCCUGGAGCUGAUCCGAGCAAAGAAACCCCUCAUUCUGCACAACGGCCUGAUAGACCUGGUGUUCCUCUACCAGUGCUUCUACGCCCACCUCCCUGACAGCCUGGGCACCUUCACGGCCGACCUUUCGGAGAUGUUCCCAGCGGGGAUCUACGAUACCAAGUACGCCUCGGAGUUUGAGGCCCGCUUCGUAGCCUCCUAUCUGGAGUACGCCUACAAGAAAUGCAAACGAGAGAAUUGCAAGCGGAGCGAGUCCAGCAGCCAGCACCUCUCCAUAGAGUUUUGUAACUACCCCGCGAGCAUGUCUCCGUACAUAGACUAUCGCUACUGCUCCCUGGCAGACACCGAGCCCAACGUGGCCGACACAAAUAAGGUCCCGGUCUGCGAAACGUUCUCGCUGACCAUGGCCAACGGGAUGAAGUGUUCCCACUCGCACAACAUCGACCUCAUUCUCGACGAGGACGAGCGCUUUAAAGAGGAGAAGCGGAGGAAGCGGAAGCAGAGGUGGAGGCGACGGAAGAACGCAGCGGAGCCCCCGAAAGAGGCUGAGCAGGGAAGUCCGGGAAGGGAAAAGCACAUGGCAGUGGCUCAGAACGGGGAGGACGGGCCCCCGCCGAAACAAAGCUGCCCGGGCAGCCUGGCGGCCGGGACGGCCCCUGCUCACGCGGAGCCAGCGGGGAGCGGGCCCAGGGAGGAGGUGGAGAGUUCGAUUGACAUGGAGCGGGAGCCUGGCUCUGAGAGUGCGACCGACGUCAAGAUGGAGGAGGAUGGGGGGGGUGCCACAGACCUGGAGAGCAGCGCUUGCUCGGCUGUCUCCCCACUCGAGUCAGAUGUGGGGCUUGCUGCCAGAGGAGGCCCCUUGGACAGCGCCCAAGGUGAAGGGCAGCAGGUGGGCACCGAGGAGCAAAGCUCAGCUGCCCACGGCGAGAACUGUGCUGGGGCUACCGCUGCGUCCUCCGCCGGGCAGCGCCUGGAGCCCCCGGCGAGCCGCUCGGAGGGGGGCAUUCACCGAGCCGGCUUCGAUGCCUUCAUGACUGGCUAUAUCAUGGCCUACGUCUGGAUGCUCAAGAAAGGGGAGGGCAGAGACGGGGGCCCGGGGCCCUGGCUGCCAGACUGCCACAACAAGCUGUAUCUCAGUGGGAAAUCUGUGCCGCUUCACAUAGUGAAGAGCUUGUUUUCCAAGUCCUCCAAAGCCCACGGCCAGAAAAUGAAGCUGGCCUGGGCGAGCGGCUAGGCCCAGGAGACGCUUUGUCCCCCGGCCGCUAGAGACUCUGCUCAGGAAGAAUUUGGCAGGAGGGGAGCAAGCUCUUAAGUCGUGUUUUUAUUUCUAUACAAUUAAAUGGCACCCUACCUGCC